CUAGCCAUUUACCAACCUUCAAAAUGGCAACUUUCCUACUGCUACUGCUACUCCUGUUGCUUCUGUCAGACGAAGGUUGCAGCUGAUUCGUCGUCUGCUGUCAGUGUCUUCCUUUUGGAAGCGACUUUCAAAAAUAACGCGUGUGAAGGGCGAAAGGACGAUUGAAUCAGCACCGGGGAGGCCCGUAUCAGCGUUCCAGAAGCCGCAAGUAAUGUGCGCAAAUGUUUUGCUUCCGAUAGCGACUGGAGAAAAACAGAUGCACCGAAGGUCUUCGUAAGUGUGUUGUCGAGAUAGCAGAAGUGAAAAAGACCUCAAACGCAACGCCGCUUCAUUGUUUACAUCUCUGGGAAUUCUCUUGGAAGAAAGCGAUGGUUUUUAUACGGCUGUAAUCGGUGAGGCUGAGCGAACUAGGCAGCAAACUUCAAUUGUAUGUAACACUGAAUGCGGGAAUUUCGUCGUCGUCAUGAAAAGCCUUCAGCGUCCGGCGAUCUGAAAAUUUGUUUUGACCAAGUGGUUUUGGUUUGUAGGUCAAGCUAGAAUACCCUCCUUUGAUUCAGCUUACCUUUUCAUUCGUAGUUAUGUUGUCAUUCGGUUUUGACAUGUUUUGUGAUGGACUUCGGGCCGCCGCGGACUUAGAGGGAAGAACAGCUGGAAGUUUGUGUCUAUCCAACCAUAGGCUAUGUCAGAUUAAACUAAGCAAUACAAAGCUGUCUUAGAUUUACCCAAUGUGUUAUAUCUUUCAUUGUUCUAGCCUCCGGCGAUUAUUGCUACCCAUAUACGUUUGUAUUUACGCGAUAUAACGGUAAGUUAGUUGCAGUUUGUAAAUUAAUAUUUCCCUCAACCUACAAAAACAAUGGAAUUGCAUGAAUGGGAUUGCUGUGGCAAUUAACAUUUACUUAUUAUUAAAAUCCUCGAGUUUGGUCAGCUAUACGACGGAGAAAUAUAUUAGAUUACUUAAUGGGAGCACGGGGUUAUCUUUGGAAGAUGGCUUGUUAGAAGGGGCAUGGUGACGAUACAGACAAAGGUUUGAAUAAUCCUCUCGGGUGCAGUUCAGAACGCUUCCUGGUCAACUCCGUGUUGCGUUAGCAAAGGAUCCACUUGGCGUACACUCCGCAAACGGUGAAUAUCUUAGGUCAAAACAGCCGCGUUAUCGACGGUUCCUUAAAACACGCUCGGUCUCCUGAAACGCGGCGGGUCAAAGAGAGCCGGCAUGGAUCCUCAGGGGCCCUUGACAUGCCCCGUCUCGAAGCCUCCGAGGGAACCGAAGCAGGCCAACGUGCUCAACAGGCGAGAUGCGGACAGCAUCUACCGCUACCUGCCGCGGAACCUGUCGUCGUGCCAGAUGUGCGCCGAACUGCAGGAGCAGCACUUGGAGAGGAAGAUGCGCCUGCUCGGGGAGUUCUUCCGUCCUGAGGAUCCGGAUGAGGAGUACGACUUCUCUGCCGGCGGAAGCGACAGUUCUGGUCGGCCGGAGACGCCUCCCACGACAGAAUCGGCGACCGUGUCCACGGCUUGUGCGAGUCCCAAGAAGCCGAUCCUGCGGCACAGGAGCCCGGCAGAGCUGAGGUCUAACCGGGACUGGGUGAGCCGAGGCCUCCGCCGGAAGGGCCGCCUGGUCACCUUCGCCGACGCCCUGGGCCUGGAACUGGAGCACGUGCGACGCCUCGUGCACCACCAGCAGGUGCCGCUGCUGCUGCCGCCAUCGGCCACCAAGGUUCUCCCGCGACUCGCCAAGACCAGCGCCCUGGUGGCUGACUUCAAGCUGCCUGACGCUUCGAAACUCGCCGAACUUGUACAGAAAAACAAGGUGUGCCUGAAGUCCGUCUCGGUGCGCGAGGAGUCCCUGCACUGUCGUGCGAGCGUAGCCAACCUCACCUUCCACAAGAAAGUGUCGGUGCGCUACACCACAACCAACUGGACCUCUCACGUCGACUGGGCGGCCUCCUACGUGGCCAGCGCCCCUGGCGGCGCCGUGGACGAGUUCGCCUUCACGCUCGUGCUCGUGGAGGCGCCACGGUCGCUGCAGAUGGCGCUCCGCUACGAGACCGAGGACGGUCGCCUCUUCUGGGACAACAACGGGGGCCGCAACUAUGCGUUCCGUCGGGUCGAAACCACGGUCGAGGAGGACGCCCGGCUGCCCUGCAACAGCUGGCUGCACUGGCUCUGACUUCAGAGACUGUACACGGGGCUCUUUGCUCCGCGGUCGUUGUUGUGCACGUUGUAAAUAUUGUUUAUUACAAAGAAACACGAGGGUGCGAGCAA